UAGCACGUUAACACUAUCAGUUUCGUAAUUUAUCUUAUGACUAAAUUGUUAUAAAGACACAAUACCACUUUGUUAAAUCGAAGGUUGACGUUCCCAGUCAUAUAAACACUCAUCAAAGAUGAUUCUAAAUUUUGCAUUUGGACUCAUUUCUUUUGUCUGGUUGUUAGACGGUGCUCAAGCAAGGGCCUUCUGUCCGAACACCUGGGUUGUCUACGAAGAUUCUUGCUAUCUAUUUGCAGACGAGACAAACGUCGCCUGGCCCGAGGCCGUUCACUUCUGUCAGUCACACAGCCACGCACACUUGGUAACGGUGGAGACAAAAGAGGAAGAUAUGUUCAUCAAAGAUCAUGCUCGCAGAUUGUUCAAAGAUGAUCAUUCGAAAUCAACACGAAACUCCUUCUGGACUGGUGCAAUUGACGAGGAGGUGGAGGGACAAUGGAGAUGGUACACCAAUCACCAAUUGCUGAAUUAUUCUAGUUUCCAUGCAACGAACGAGAUUCAGACUUCCAACGAAGAUUGCCUUAUUCUGUGGGGUGGUUUCAACAUGGAUUGGGCUGAUUACUUUUGUGAUGCCCAAAGCCACGCAAUUUGCGAGAUCAACAUCGAGGAAUACCAACAGUCUCUGGAAAACCCUCAAGCAGUUGGCUAAUAUGUUAGAAUCUGCGUACCGGAAUGUUUAGCCAAUUUAGAUGUCUGAAUUUGUAUCAGUUUUUUUUCUCGAAUAAAACCGGAAAGU